AGUUAUUAGCCUACCGGGCCGUGAGAGGCUGCGAAGCGCACCGACGCCGGGAAGAAGUUCGUCGGCAGAGCCUUUUAUCCUCUCCACCUUGCUUUGGAUAGUUACUUCGACUUGACAUUUCAUCUCUUCAUCUGUUUGGGAAAGAUAUAGCCUACGUGAAAUCAUGCCGGACAAUAAGAAAUUCAUGGAAAACCUUUCCGGGACAGGGAUGAGUAUUGGCGUGUUGACAAGCGGCGGGGAUGCUCAAGGUAUGAAUGCUGCCGUGAGGGCAGUCGUCAGAAUGGGAAUCUAUGUUGGAGCCAAAGUUUAUUUUAUCCAUGAGGGUUAUCAGGGCAUGGUGGAUGGAGGUGACAACAUCAUAGAGGCAUCAUGGGAAAGUGUUUCCAGUAUGUUGCAAGUGGGUGGCACAGUGAUCGGCAGCGCCCGUUGCAAGGAUUUUCGUACCCGGGAGGGACGAUUGCGUGCCGCUUCAAACCUUGUGCUGCAUGGCAUCACCAACUUGUGUGUGAUUGGUGGAGACGGCAGUUUAACCGGGGCUAAUCUCUUUAGGGAGGAGUGGAGCGAACUACUGGAUGAGCUCGUCCAAUCAGGAGAAAUCAGCGAAGAAGCUGCUCAGACUCAUUCGGUGUUGCAUAUAGUGGGGAUGGUGGGCUCUAUAGACAAUGAUUUCUGUGGAACUGAUAUGACUAUAGGCACCGACUCGGCACUGCACAGGAUUAUAGAGGUGGUGGAUGCAAUAAUGACCACAGCACAGAGCCACCAAAGGACCUUUGUGUUGGAGGUGAUGGGUCGACACUGUGGGUAUCUAGCAUUAGUCAGUGCUCUUGCAUGUGGUGCUGACUGGGUGCUUAUUCCUGAAAUGCCACCUGAAGAUGGCUGGGAGGAACAGAUGUGUCAUAAAUUAUCAGAGAAUCGAGCUGAUAAGAAACGCCUUAAUAUCAUCAUAGUAGCUGAAGGUGCAAUAGACCAGAGCAACAAGCCCAUAACCACAGACUAUAUAAAGGAUCUGGUUGUGCGUUGUUUGGCGUUUGACACACGGGUCACCAUUUUGGGUCACGUCCAGAGAGGAGGAACCCCCUCGGCCUUCGACAGGAUUUUGGCCAGUCGUAUGGGAGUAGAAGCUGUGUUGGCUUUGUUAGAAGCGUCUCCUGGUACUCCAGCAUGUGUGGUGUCUCUGUGUGGGAAUCAAGCCGUCAGGGUUCCUCUAAUGGAGUGCGUUCAAAUGACUCAAGAAGUGCAGAAGGCGAUGGAUGAAAAAAGGUUUGAGGAGGCUAUGAAAUUACGUGGCAGAAGUUUUGAAAACAACCUGAACACCUACAAACUCUUGUCCCACCACAAAACUGAUGCUGAACUGCCACGUACUUCUUUUAAUGUGGCCGUGUUGAAUGUCGGUGCUCCCGCAGCAGGGAUGAACGCAGCGGUCCGUUCGGCUGUCAGGGUGGGCAUCACAGAGGGUCACACUAUGUUUGCUGUUAAUGAUGGAUUUGAGGGCUUCUACAAGGGACAGAUUAAAGAAAUACAUUGGGGUGAUGUUGGAGGCUGGACAGGUCAGGGCGGCUCACUGCUAGGAACAAAAAGAACACUUCCAGCAAAACACAUCGAUAAGAUUGCAGAACAGAUGAGAAUUCACAACAUCAAUGCUUUACUGGUUAUUGGAGGAUUCGAGGCGUAUCUGGGGCUGAUGGAGCUGCAAGCAGCUCGGUCCAAACACGCGGAGCUUUGCGUUCCGAUGGUGAUGGUUCCGUCCACUGUGUCCAACAAUAUUCCCGGAUCAGACCUGAGCAUUGGGGCAGACACUGCCCUCAACGCCAUCACAAGCGCUUUUGAGAGUUUGCUACAGCUGGUCGAUGCCCGCAGCAGCUAUGAGGAGUUCUGUGUGCCCAUGUGCAUGCUGCCCGCCACCAUCAGUAAUAAUGUAGCUGGCACUGAUCUCAGCAUCGGAGCUGACACAUCACUCAAUGCAAUAGUGGAGACGUGUGACCGCAUAAAGCAGUCGGCCAGUGGCACCAAGCGUCGCGUCUUCAUCAUUGAGACGAUGGGUGGAUACUGUGGUUACCUAGCAACCGUCGGGGGGCUGGCUGCUGGAGCCGACGCAGCUUACAUCUACGAAGAGCCGUUUGACAUCCGAGACCUACAAUCUAACGUUGAGCAUUUAACUGAGAAGAUGAAGACCAGCAUCCAGAGGGGUUUAGUGCUGAGGAACGAAAACUCCAGUGAAAACUACACCACUGAUUUUAUUUACCAGCUGUACAGCGAAGAGGGCAAAGGAGUGUUUGACUGCAGGAAAAAUGUCCUGGGACACAUGCAGCAGGGCGGCACUCCUUCACCAUUUGACAGGAACUUUGGCACCAAAAUUGCAGCCAAAGCCAUGCAGUGGAUCUCCAAGAAGCUCAACGAGUUUUACAGUGAAGGCCGUGUGUUUGCUAACACAGAGGAUUCUGCAUGUUUGUUGGGAAUGCGACGCAGGGCUUUGGUCUUUCAGCCUGUGACUCAACUCAAAGAUGAGAUCGAUUUUGUUCACAGGAUCCCAAAGGAACAAUGGUGGCUCAAACUACGGCCACUCAUGAAGAUACUGGCCAAGUACAAAACCAGUUAUGACGUGUCUGAUUCAGGCCAGCUGGAACACAUCGCUCGUCUGAGAGCUAAAGACCACUCGGCUAUUUAAAGUAAGCUUUGUGUAAAACCCACAGCAGAUCUAUGGAAAUGUACUUUGAUGUUAGCACACAAGCAUAUACGAUGUAUCAAUUCACAUGAAAUUGUGACACUAGACAUUCAGCCAAGAAAAUCAUUAUACAGUGUAUUGUGAGGUUACAAUCUCUGCGCUUAUUUUAUUAUCCCCAUUUACUGGGCAAAGUGCUAUAUUUUGUGAAUAGUCGAGUUAUAAUGAAUAUUGUAGAGCUUAUUUUUCUUAUAUAUAAAGCUAUAGAGAAAUCAUCAUCCUGCUGACUUGCACUAAUGUGUCAUAGUUACACAGCUAUCUAUGUAGUUCUUGUCCUGUGUGUUAUGAAAGCUGUUUGUACCAAAGCAGAUGUUGUGUUAGUGUACAUGUUUGUCCUAAAAUUCAUUGUGUGUAACCAAUGAUGCAUAAACUUAGAUUGUAAUUAUGUGACUUUAUUUAUUAGAUAACAUAUACAUGUUAAAAU